AUGAACAGUAAUGAUGACCUGAUUGAGGCAUUCGUAAAUGAAACAUGCACUCCAUGUAACACUGCAGUUGUUUUUCGUAAAGGACAGCAGUGGCAUUAUAACAAUUCACUGCAGUAUUAUUACGACUGUAAAAAGAAAGAAAACACAGUACCGCAAAGUUGUGCUUCCAAUUCUUCUGAUAAAGUAGAUUCGGAUGUGGAGGAGAGCAGAGAGUAUGAGGAGACCCUGUGCUGGCCAUCGUACGCCUUUGUGCUGCCAAAUCUAUUUGAACAGCCAGAUGAUUUUAGAAAUUAUUUAGAAAAAGAUCUGAUUGAAACAUCGACGCUUAAACGGCUUGAAAAUUCUGGUUAG